CUACCGACACCCGCGGUUCUCCGCCCGAACGUACAGGGGUGACGUGCUCGCCUCCUGCACCUGGCUUCCGCGCGCCCCAGGAAUAGCUGGGACCGUGGGGACCAGCCGGGUGAGCCCCCGCCCAGCCACGCGCCGGGCUCUGCUUCUCUCCUCCUCUUUCACCUCCUCCUGCGCGGUCGCCUCCCGCCGCUGCGGCCUCCGCCUGCGGCUUUGUUUUCCUCCCAGGUCUCAUUCCCCACACGUGAUACUGUGUUAUUGCAAAGAGCGCUCCGGAGCGCGAGCGCGGGGCGCGCGCACUUAUAAAUACCGACCGCCCGGGCCAGGAGCCCGUGAUCGCGCCGCACGGAGGGCCGGCGGGCCGGGCGCGCGUGGGUCCCGGACGCGGAGGGCGAGCCAGGCGCGUGUGGGUCUCAGCGGCGCCCGAGCGCCCAGGGCCGAGUAUGGCCCGCCCGCGGGAGGGCAGGGCCGCCUCGCACACCGCCCGCGCCCCGCGCCCUUCCCAGCCCGGGUCGCCGGGGCUCGCGGCCGCCGCUUAGCACUCGGCACCCGCCACUCGCUUCUCGGGUACCGGGGAACUGACGCCGCAGACAGACACAAUGGCGGCGGCGACCGCCACCGCGGGCACGGCCGCCUGCAGCAGCAACAGCAGCAGCAGCAGCAGUCGCGGCGGCGGCACGGACGCCGCGGCCACCAGCGGGGUGCAGCAGCCGCCGCCUCCGGCCACCGCGCCGCCCGAACCUCUCCGUAAGCCGCGCAUGGACCCGCGGCGCCGCCAGGCUGCCCUGUCCUUCCUCACCAACAUUUCUCUGGACGGACGGCCGCCGCUGCAGGAGCACGAGUGGGGCGGCGGCGAGGAGGGCGGCGGGACCAAGCCGGGAGCAAGGGCUCGGUUCAGCCUGCUGGCCGCCGGCUGCAACGCGUUCUCCGCUCCGGGCACCGGGGCCGCGCUGUGGACCGCCGACUCCGGUUCCAGCCCUUGCCCGCUGCCGCCGUCCCUGGUCCCCCGGGUGUUGGGAGAGCCACCUCAGCCGCCCCGUUCAGCCCCAGCUGUCACUGGUGCUCAGCUGCAGUUGCCUGACGGACCGGGAGGCGCGGGACAGGAGGAGCUGGAGGAGGACGAUGCCUUCACCAACGUGCAGGUGCCCUCGACCAGUUUCUUGGGCUCCGGUACCCCCGGGAGUACGAGCGGCAGUCGGGGCCGCCUCAACUCGUUCACUCAGGGAAUCCUGCCCAUCGCCUUCUCCAGGCAGAACUCGCAGAACUACUGCGCCUUGGAGCAGUCAGGCCAGGGCGGCAGCACCAGCGCUUUGGAGCAGCUGCAGAGGUCCCGACGUCGCCUCAUCUCCCAGAGAUCAUCUUUGGAGACCCUGGAAGAUAUUGAGGAGAAUGCCCCUCUCCGGAGAUGUCGAACACUCUCAGGUUCUCCCAGACCAAAGAAUUUUAAGAAAAUUCAUUUUAUCAAGAAUAUGCGACAGCAUGACACCAGGAAUGGCAGGGACCUGAAGUUGGAUGGAGGGAGACAAUCAGCAGGAGCCAUGAGCCUGAAGGAGAUCAUUGGCCUUGAAGGUGUGGAACUGGGUGCCGAUGGGAAGACAGUGUCUUAUACCCAGUUUCUACUACCCACAAAUGCCUUCGGAACCCGUAGAAAUACCAUAGACUCCACCUCCUCCUUCUCCCAGUUUCGGAGCCUGAGCCACCGAAGCCUCUCCAUGGGCCGGACUGGCAGCACCCAGGGGAGCCUUGACGCAGGAAGUGACCUGGGAGACUUUAUGGACUAUGACCCAAACCUCCUGGAUGACCCCCAGUGGCCUUGUGGCAAGCACAAGCGAGUUCUGACCUUCCCUUCAUACAUGACCACAGUGAUCGACUAUGUGAAGCCCUCAGAUCUCAAGAAGGACAUGAAUGAAACCUUCAAGGAGAAGUUUCCUCACAUUAAGUUAACACUCAGCAAGAUCAGGAGCCUGAAAAGAGAGAUGCGGAAGCUUGCCCAGGAGGACUGUGGUUUUGAGGAGCCCACGGUGGCUAUGGCCUUUGUCUACUUUGAGAAGCUGGCCCUCAGGGGGAAGCUGAACAAGCAGAACCGGAAGCUCUGCGCGGGAGCUUGUGUGCUGUUAGCAGCCAAGGUCGGAAGUGACCUCAAAAAGCACGAAGUCAAGCAUCUAAUUGAUAAACUGGAAGAGAAGUUCCGGCUGAACAGACGAGAACUGAUAGCCUUUGAAUUCCCAGUGUUAGUGGCCUUGGAGUUUGCACUUCAUCUGCCAGAGCACGAAGUCAUGCCCCACUACAGACGCCUGAUCCAGAGCUCCUAGCACUGGCCCCAGGAGGGCCAAAACUGCUUUCUGAGUGCAGUGGAGCCUCACUUACUACCAGAGAGGGGAGAAGAGAGGCCAGUCUCCUUGCAGCCCUGCAUUCACGGAGCAGCCCUAAGGUCCUGGAGACUUGAGGCUUGCUGAGGAGGCAUGUGCUGGGGAUGACGGAGGCCUCCCAGCUCCCACAGCCAGAGCUCUGCUGUGCCCAGCUCUUCCUCUCAGGCACAUGUGAAGCUUGAGGCUGCCUCACAGACUUUAUGAUAGGCUGGUUCUGAAUUUGUAGCAUGAUGUGCUAGAACAGAGGAGGGAACAGAAUGCGUGGGAUUCGGGAAUGCUGCUUCACCGUCCCUCGCCCUGUGUCAAGAGCGUGCCAACCUAUUUUUAUAUCUGCCAUCGGAAGUGCACUUCCCUGGGGCACAGGGGUGUGGGUGUGCAAGUGUCUGAGGGGCACUGUUACACUUGACCUCAAAGCCAAUCCCCACCUUCUAUGGAGCUGACUUGUAAUGCCUUCUGGGUAACAAUGACUCAAAUCCAGAUUGACAUCUCUGCUCUUAGGAAAUAACACUGUUUAUGAGACUGUACCUGCCACCACUGGACAGGGUGACAGUUCUCAGUGUAGGGUAAGUCACAUGCAGAGUGGUGCGCUCCAAACUCAUGCUGUCACACCAUGGGCUCCUGUUUAACCCUCUAGCUCUUGCCUGUGGAGAUGUGAGGGCUGCGCUCCAUAGCGUGUAUGCCUGUGGAGACGCGAGGGCUGCGCUCCAUAGCGUGUAUGCCCGUGGAGACGUGAGCUGCGCUCCAUAGCGUGUAUGCCUGUGGAGACGCGAGGGCUGCGCUCCAUAGCGUGUAUGCCUGUGGAGACGCAAGGGCUGCGCUCUGUAGUGUGUAUUCCUGUGGAGACGCGAGGGCUGCGCUCCUUAGCGUGUAUGCCUGUGGAGACGCGAGGGCUGCGCUCUGUAGUGUGUAUUCCUGUGGAGACGCGAGGGCUGCGCUCCGUAGCGUGUAUGCCUGUGGAGACGCGAGGGCUGCGCUCCAUAGCGUGUAUGCCUAUGGAGACGCGAGGGCUGCGCUCCAUAGCGUGUAUGCCUGUGGAGAUGCGAGGGCUGCGCUCCAUAGCGUGUAUGCCUGUGGAGACGCGAGGGCUGCGCUCCUUAGCGUGUAUGCCUGUGGAGACGCGAGGGCUGCACUCCAUAGCGUGUAUGCCUGUGGAGACGCGAGGGCUGCGCUCCAUAGCGUGUAUUCCUGUGCUCUAUGUUAGAGUACAUAAUGAGCGCGUUUAUUGUGCUAAUUACAAACAUGUGUGUUUUAUAAAAGUCUGCACUGGGGUAAGACGCAUGAUUGGUGUCUUGUGGCUUUUGCAGCUGGGACAAACUACAUUUCAAGUGGUUGAAAUGAUUGUUAGUACAAAAUUGUGACUUGUCCUGAAGCAUUAACCAUGCCAUCACCUGGUGGUUAUACAGGUGUAACCUUCCUGAAGAGAGCCUGUGGUCAUGGAAAAUUAAAAUAUUUUGUUGUUUUACAUA